AUGUAUAGUAUAAAUGUCAGUAACAACAACGAUCAGAAUACUACUAAUACUAUAGUAGAUAUAAGUAGUACAUUAUCUGUUCAAAUUAAUGAAUUAUAUUAUGAUGGGAAAUAUCCUAAUCUACCGUCUACUGAAUACACAUCAUCAUCCUCAUCUUCCUCUUCUUCUUCUUCUGCUUCGGGGUCAUCGUUAUCAUCAUCAACAUCGUUAUCCCUGGCAACAGUAUCAUCAACUUCAGCAUUAUGUUUUCCUACAACCACCACCACCACCACAACAACAACAACAAUAAUAAAUGAAUCCAAUUAUAUUUCAUAUGCUACUAGCGGUCUUCAUCAAUCUCGUCAAAGUUUAAAUUAUACAUAUGAACACCAAUAUUAUGUAAAUGAUAAUCAUGAUUACUACCAACAACAACAACAACAUCAUCAUCAAUAUACACCAAUCAUUUCAACUGUACAUACUACUAAUAAUAAUGAUAAAAUUAAUAGUAGUCUAUGCAUUCCUACUACUACUAAUACAACUACUACUAAUGAUAGUAAUCAUAAUCAUAAUGGUUUUUUUAAUGAAAUACAAAUUAUAUGCAUUUGUGAAACAUUACAACAACGUGGUGAUAUUGAUCGAUUGGAAUUAUUUUUACAAACUUUACCUAAAUGGAAUAUACAAUUACAUAAUUUAGAAUGUAUCCAAGUAGCUAAAGCAAUGAUUGCAUUUCAUCAUGAACAAUAUACACAAUUAUAUUAUAUAUUAGAAAAUUGUAAUUUCUCACCUAUCUAUCAUUCUAGAUUACAAAAUUUAUGGUUACGUGCACAUUAUGCAGAAGAAGAAAAAAUUAAAGGUAGAAUAUUAGGCGCUGUAGCUAAAUAUCGUAUAAGACGUAAAUUUCCAUUACCUCAUACAAUAUGGGAUGGUGAAGAGACAAGUUAUUGUUUUAAAGAGAAAUCUAGAAAUUUAUUACGUGAAUGGUAUCAUCAAAAUCCCUAUCCAUCACCACGUGAUAAAAGACAAUUAGCUGAAAUUACUGGUUUAACAAUAACUCAAGUAUCAAAUUGGUUUAAAAAUCGUCGACAACGUGAUCGUGCUACUGAUGUACUUAUAACUACGACUACAACAACAACAACAACAACAUCAACAACAACAACUGUGACAACUACGACAACAAUGUGUAAAACACCAGUUAUGUCACCAACAUCAGCUAAAACAAUGAUGACAUUGUUACCAACAAUUGUAUCUAUGUCAAAUGAUUCACCAAAUUAUCAAUUGUCGGCAAUAACAACAAAUGGAAUUAAUCAAUUAGAUAUUAUCAAUGAAAAUUUAGAUAUUUUACCAAUGAAUGAAUUGAAUACACAAUAUAAUAAAAUAAACAAGUAA